AUGGGCAACGUUACCAGCUGCUGUGAUCCUUGCUUCGGUUCGCGCCGGUCGCAAACAUACGAGCCAUUACUGCUUGAGAAUGAGCGGGAAGCCGUCGCGGAUCUUCUUCAGUAUCUCGAGAAUAGGACAACGACCAACUUUUUCACUGGUUCCCCACUCACUGCACUCACCACCCUCUCCUUCUCCGACAACGUUGACCUCCAGCGUAGUGCUGCCCUCGCCUUCGCCGAAAUCACGGAAAAGGAAGUCCGCCCCGUUGGUCGAGACACCCUCGACCCUAUCCUCUUCCUUCUGAGCAGUCAUGAUACGGAGGUCCAGCGAGCAGCCAGUGCGGCAUUGGGAAAUUUAGCUGUGAAUACCGACAACAAGCUUCUCAUCGUCAAACUGGGCGGUCUUGAACCUUUGAUUCGCCAAAUGCUCAGUCCCAAUGUCGAGGUGCAAUGCAACGCUGUUGGAUGUGUUACCAACCUUGCCACGCAUGAUGACAACAAGACCAAGAUUGCGAAGUCGGGCGCUCUCGUUCCUCUGACACGCCUGGCAAGGUCUAAAGAUAUGCGGGUUCAGCGAAACGCAACUGGGGCUCUUCUUAACAUGACGCAUUCCGAUGAGAACCGCCAGCAGCUGGUGAAUGCUGGAGCAAUCCCCGUCCUCGUCGGUUUGCUCAACUCGCCCGAUACUGAUGUUCAAUACUACUGCACAACGGCGUUGAGUAACAUUGCCGUCGACGGGACGAACCGCAAGAAACUUGCGCAGAGCGAACCAAGACUUGUCACCAGCUUAGUCGCUUUAAUGGAUAGCUCGAGCCUGAAAGUUCAAUGCCAGGCUGCCUUGGCACUGCGUAAUUUGGCAAGCGACGAGAAAUACCAAUUGGAGAUCGUUAAAGCUGAUGGGCUCAUGGCCUUGCUGCGACUUUUGCAAUCCAACUACCUUCCUCUCAUCCUCUCUUCUGCGGCCUGCGUCCGCAAUGUCUCGAUUCAUCCUCAGAACGAGUCACCGAUCAUCGAAUCAGGCUUUUUGCAACCACUCAUCAACCUUCUUUCGUUCAAGGAGAACGAAGAGGUUCAAUGCCACGCUAUCUCCACCCUUAGAAACCUGGCAGCAAGUUCUGAGAAGAACAAGACUGCCAUUGUCAAGGCUGGAGCCGUGCAAUCGAUCAAGGAUUUGGUGUUGGAUGUACCUAUGAAUGUUCAGAGUGAGAUGACAGCAUGUGUUGCGGUUCUUGCCCUCAGCGAUGACCUUAAAGGCCAGUUGCUGGAAAUGGGUGUUUGUGAGGUCCUUAUUCCGUUAACGAGCUCUCCCAGCUCGGAAGUUCAAGGCAACAGCGCUGCGGCGCUAGGCAAUCUGUCAUCGAAAGAUGGUCGCAACUCGGCCGACGACUACUCUGCCUUCAACGAUGUGUGGGACAAACCGGAAGGAGGAAUGCACCGAUACUUGUACCGCUUCUUGACGAGUACUGACGCAACCUUCCAACACAUCGCUGUCUGGACCAUCGUGCAACUCUUGGAGUCUGGAGACUCCGUUCUGGUCAACAAUAUUCGGUCUUCACAGCUGCUGAUGCCCAACAUCCGAACUCUCGCUAGCUCCCGGACCUCUUCGCACAAUUCGUCCGUUGGAACACCCACUUCUCAUCGUUCACAAAGCCAGUCCUAUCAAGAUACGGAAACUGGUGAGGGUCAGGGUGAAAUCCAGCAACUCGGUCGUCGUAUUCUCGAGAUUUUGGAGGGUGAUGAUGUAGUUUCCGGGAGCCUGCAGGCAGGGUCACAUAUGCCUAGGUCGUCGGUGGACAGUGAUCAUGAGGAGUUGCGCCGUAGCGUGAGGGAGGCGUUCUCCACAGACUCUCACCGGUAA